UGCAGAGCUGCUCGCUGCGGAGAGAGGGCGGGGGUCGGCUCCCGGGGCAGAGCCGCUCAGGGCCGGCAGCAGAGGGGCUGAGAAGAGGCGGGAGGGGUCGGCGGCGGGCGGGAGCGCGCCUCCUGACAUGUUGGGGGCGUCUCUGACCCGGCCAGGCCAGGGCUAGUGGCGGCGCUCCGGGCCGGGGGCGGGUCGCGGUCCGCCCCUCAGUCCCUCCGUCCGGCCCUACCGGGGACGUGCGUUCCGCGCUCGGCCGCCUGGCAGAGGGAGCUUGGGGAGCGGCGGGAGGGUUGGGGAGAAGGAGCUUUCGCCUGAGGCUGGAGGAGGCUGAACUGCGUCCCCGCCCAGCCCGCGCCUAUGCGGUACUGGAAGGAUGGCGAAGAGGUCGCGCAGUGAGGAUGAGGAUGAUGACCUUCAAUAUGCUGAUCAUGAUUAUGAAGUACCACAACAAAAAGGACUGAAGAAACUCUGGAAUAGAGUAAAGUGGACAAGAGAUGAGGAUGAUAAGUUAAAGAAGUUGGUUGAACAACAUGGAACUGAUGAUUGGACUCUAAUUGCUAGUCAUCUUCAAAAUCGUUCUGAUUUUCAAUGCCAGCAUCGAUGGCAGAAAGUUUUAAAUCCAGAAUUGAUAAAAGGCCCCUGGACUAAAGAAGAAGAUCAGAGGGUUAUUGAAUUAGUUCAGAAAUAUGGCCCAAAAAGAUGGUCUUUAAUUGCAAAACAUUUAAAGGGAAGAAUAGGCAAGCAGUGUAGAGAAAGGUGGCAUAAUCAUCUGAAUCCUGAGGUAAAGAAAUCUUCCUGGACUGAAGAGGAGGACAGGAUCAUCUAUGAAGCACAUAAAAGAUUGGGAAAUCGUUGGGCAGAAAUUGCCAAACUACUUCCUGGAAGGACUGAUAAUUCUAUCAAAAAUCAUUGGAAUUCUACUAUGCGAAGAAAAGUGGAACAGGAGGGUUACUUACAAGAUGGAAUAAAAUCAGAACGAUCUUCAACUAAACUUCAACACAAACCUUGUGCAACUAUGGACCAUUUGCAAACCCAGAAUCAGUUCUACAUACCUGUUCAGAUCCCAGGUUACCAAUAUGUGUCAUCUGAAGGCAAUUGUGUAGAACAUGUUCAGACUUCUGCUUUUAUUCAGCAACCCUUUGGUGAUGAAGAUCCUGAUAAGGAAAAAAAAAUAAAGGAACUUGAAUUGCUUCUUAUGUCAGCUGAGAAUGAAGUCAGAAGAAAGCGAGUUCCAUCACAGCCUGGAAGCUUUUCUAGCUGGUCUGGUAGUUUCCUCAUGGAUGAUACCAUGUCUAAUACUCUAAAUAGCCUUGAGGAGCACACUAGUGAGUUUUACAGUAUGGAUGAAAAUCAGACUGUGUCUGCGCAGCAGAAUUCACCCACAAAGUUCCUGGCCGUAGAGGCAAAUGCUGUGCUGUCCUCUCUACAGACCAUCCCAGAAUUUGCAGAGACUCUAGAACUUAUUGAAUCUGAUCCUGUAGCGUGGAGUGAUGUUACCAGUUUUGAUCUUUCUGAUGCUGCUACUUCUCCUGUGAAAUCCACCCCAGUUAAACUAAUGCGAAUUCAACACAACGAAGGAACCAUGGAAUGUCAAUUUAACGUUAGUCUUGUACUUGAAGGGAAAAAAAACAGUUGUAAUGGUUCAGACAGUGAGGCUGUUCCUUUGACAUCACCAAACGUGACCAAGUUUAGCACCCCACCAACCAUUCUCCGAAAGAAGAGAAAAAUGCGAGUGGGUCAGUCCCUAGGCAAUGAACUUGGUGACGGGUCAUUCAAUGACGGCAAUAAUACAGCACUAAGACACACACCGGUGAAAACACUACCAUUUUCUCCUUCACAGUUUUUCAAUACAUGUCCUGGAAAUGAACAAAUUAAUAUAGAGAAUCCUUCAUUUACAUCAACCCCUAUUUGUGGGCAGAAAGUUCUCAUUACAACUCCUCUUCAUAAAGAAACAACUCCCAAAGAUCAAAAGGAGAAUGUGGGGUUUAGAACACCUACUAUUAGAAGAUCUAUAUUGGGUACCACACCAAGAACUCCUACUCCUUUUAAGAAUGCACUUGCUGCUCAGGAGAAAAAAUAUGGACCUCUUAAAAUUGUGUCACAGCCACUUGCCUUCUUGGAAGAAGAUAUUCGGGAAGUUUUAAAAGAAGAAACUGGAACAGACAUAUUUCUUAAAGAGGAGGAUGAAUCUACUUACAAAAGCUGUAAGCAAGAGCAUACUCCUGUGAAGAAAGUAAGAAAAUCACUAGUCUUAGAUAAUUGGGAAAAAGAAGAACCAGGUACUCAACUGUUGACUGAAGACAUUUCAGAGAUGCAGUCAGAAAAUAUAUUUACAACAUCUUUAUUAAUGAUACCAUUAUUGGAAAUACAUGACAAUAGGUGCAACCUGACUCCUGAAAAACAAGAUAUAAAUUCAGCAAACAAAACAUAUACAUUUAAUAAAAAGAAACCAAACCCUAACACUUCCAAAGUUGUCACAUUGGAAAAGAAUCUUCAGUCAAAUUGUGAAUGGGAAACAGUGGUGUAUGGGAAGACAGAAGACCAGCUUAUCAUGACUGAACAAGCAAGAAGAUAUUUGAGUACUUAUACAGCUACCAGCAGCACUUCAAGAGCUCUAAUAUUGUAAUUGUUAUUAAAACUGAUGAAAUACUCCACUCCCUUAAUGUAUACGAUGCUAAAUUAGGUUGCAAUGAAAUUUUUGUGAAUGGUUUUUAAAGUUUUAAUACAGCCCUAAAACGGUUUGCAUCUUUUUUUCAUAUUGGGCAGCAGAAAGCCAAGCCACUAAGUAAGGGGAAGGCAGUUUCAUAAUAUAUUUUUUAAGAGAUAAGAUUUUUUAAAAUGAUUUUUAAAGAACAGGAUGGAAAAGUCAUAUUAGGAUGUUUAUGAGCUUCUAAAAGUCAAUUCUCAUAUCUUUUCUUCAGAAGAUAGGUGUCGCUACUCUUGAUGGCUGCGGUUUGGUUACAAAUAGGUUUAUAAGUAUAUAUGAUUUCUGAAAUUAGUCUAUGUAUGGGGAAGCAGCAUGGUUUUAUGAAGUACUUUUUUGUCCUCAUGCUGAUCUACAUAGGCUACCAUUUACAAAGAAACACAUAGAAAGGAAUUUAAGGAAGGAUGGAAAAUUGCACUACUAAAGGUAUUUUUCAAAAACAGUAAAAGUAACUACAGUGUUAAAAUGUAUUUAUUUGAAUGUAGUACUAAACAAAAACAUUGAGAAGUGUUUUUUCCUUAUUAGUAAAAGAGUCAGUAUUUUCAUAAAUCUCAGAAGAGCUGAGAGUUUUGUUGAAUGUAUUGUACAGUAUGUAGGAGCAGGAAAACUUUGUAAAUUGGAAAGAAGUCUGUUUUUAUAAUUUAUUUUCAUUUUAAAAGCUUAAAUGUAGAUAUUUAUACCUAUACAGAGAGUUUCUAGAAGCCAGUAUUGUUGCCUCAUAUUACAACUGACAUAGUAAAGAACAAUUUUGACUUUUAAGUAUGAGACAGUAGUGAGUUAUAGCUGCAAAGAAUACAAAAUCUAUACUGUAUGUCACAUCUACCUAAAUAUUGCACUAUGCCCUUUAAAUCAUGUUGGUUAUAAAGUAGUUCUAAAAAUGUACUAAAUAAUUUAAUAUUUUCUUUUUAAAUUAUAUGGGGGGUCAUAUAAAUUAAUCUGGUGAUUUGUAUAUUUGUUUGAAAUUUUUGCAUUUUGUUUAAAAAUAUGGUACUUUAAAAAUAUGGUCCCUAAAAACAGUCUGCACUUAGUUUACUACAUUUACUCAAUGUUUCAGAAGUAGAGAACAUUAUCUUUUAUUUAUAAAAAUAUUUUGUCCUUUUGUAAGUGUUUUGUGUUUCUGCACAGGUUACAACAAUUGCUUCAGUUGCCUGUUUUAGCUGUUUGCACUUAUUUUAUUUCUUUUUGAAAGAAUAUCUUUAUUUGCUUUUGUGUAGAGAUUUUAUGUAAUUUUUUUUGAAACAUAUAAUGGUGUGCUGUCAAUUUAAACACUGACAGGUAAAUAGAAUUGUACACUGUAGUUUUAAUUAUUUAUAAUUGACACACUCUCUCCCUCUCCACUCCUGAAGUAUGCUGCUAUAGAAAAUAGCAGAAUCGGCUUGCUGCUAUGAGAGAAGGAAAGAGCGACCACCACUUGCACUGUGUGAAAAGAUAAAAAGCAAAUGAUGGCAAGUUCUCAAGUUAACUUAAUGGAAUCAACCAUUACCAGGCAAAUUCUUGCAAAUACCAAAAUACUAUGCCUUAAAAAGAAAACAAAAAAAACAGCUUAAGAUUUUCUGAUGUUUUAUGUUAGUAGAAAUGGAAAUACUAAGUAUUUUAAUUCCUAGCUCUUGAACAAUAAACCUGAAAAGGGUUUUAAGCUCUUUAAAUCCAUUUGCUGGUUUUUGCAUGUUACAUGUAGUGAGAAGUAAGGAAAAUGUGUGGUACUAAGAUUAUGCCUUGUUGAUAACAAAUGGAUGAACCAAUUUGAGUCUUAGCAUGUUUGUUAAGUAUAUGUUGAUUGCUUCCUAAUUAGUGAACUUCUCACAGAAAUUUCACUUUGUAAAACCAAUGAUUGUAGUAAAAUCAUACUGGAUCAUUUCAAUUUCAGUUACCUUGAACUAAUAGUACAUAAUGGUUUUUUUUUUUUUUUUUUUUUUUUUUUAGUGUAGCCCCUUGCUGGUUUAUGUACAUAGUCUCCAAUCACCAAAGUCUAAUAUUUUGGAAGAGCUAUAUAUUUUUAAAACAUAAUUUUGCUUGAGCAUUAAGUUAUCUCAAAUAUAAUAUAUUGACAGAUAAGCUUGGGCUUUUUGGACAUAGUAUAUAUUUGGUAUUGGUUGAAUCUUCCAGUUAAAUGCUUUGUUGCUUUUUGCAAGGAAAUUUUUAAUGUUAAACAUGUCAGGCAUCUUAAGUCACCUUUAUACUGUUGUGUUCAUUUGAAUUUCUUUCAGUAUGUUAUAUAAAUGCCAGACAAACAUGUAGCAGCUAUACUUGCAUGGAAACUGACUACACAUAUAUAGUACUGCAUUUCAGUUAAUACAGCAACUACCCUGACUAAAUUGAGUUUUUUAAUGGAUGGAAAACCUUCCCAUUGUAAGAAAAUCUUGCAUUCAAUGUUCACAUACAAAUAAACAGUAAAAAUAAAGUAUCUGUGUACAACUGA